CUGUCUCCAAUUAAAUUUUCAAUGAAUGAUUUUAGAUUGGUUGUACAAAUGGCCAAAAAAGAAAAUAGUAAAAACUUGUAAGCAGCAAUUUCAUAGUCACCGGCUACAUCUGGGAAUCAGAUGCACCUCAACUUGAUUGGUUAACUGAAUUUUGAUCGUUUUUUACUUCUCCCCUUGGCUGCUACCAGCUCAGCUCAGCUCAGAGUUUCAGUCCUUAAUUCUCUCAAAAUUCUGACAUCCUUUUCUCUCAAUCUGAAAGAUAAGGAAAGGAUGAUGUCUUCACGUGAUGUCCAUAACCUUUUGGCUUUGCUGGUAACUUGCUAUUCGAGUUAUUGUAGACCUGGAGGACAAAUCAAGAAUCAGGGUUAUGCUAAUUUUGGGGUGCAUCAACUGAAACCAUCAAACUAUGUUUGGAAAGAGAACAACCGGGCAACUCACUGCUUUCUAGUAAAGUCUCUCUCACCUUCCUAUUCCCUAUUUAUAGAAACGCGUAUCCUACUAUGGCUAUUUGUGUAGAGUUGUCUGCAUGAACUUUGACAAGUGUGUGUUUUAAUGAAUCUUUUAAAGGGUUAAGUACUUCUAUUGAGUUGGAAGCUGCGGUCCCCUUUUUUCAUCCUUGGAAGUUUCAGAGGAGGCGGUGAUCGAUACCUUGGGAACAAUGGCUGUUGAGCUUUUGUUGGCAUAAGGAAGGACCAGCUUUGUUAUACAUUUCUUUGCUUUUGAAGCUGUCUCAGAUUCAGACUACUAUAAAUCAAGUAUUGAUCAGCUGAAAGCUAAGUUGUUCUUGCCUCUGAAAUCUUGUGAAAGAUUUGAGUCGAAAUGUCAUCUUCAAGACCAAGCCAAUCUUCCACCACUUCAGCAAGAUCAAAGCAUAGUGCUAGGAUCAUUGCACAGACCACUAUAGAUGCAAAGCUUCAUGCAGAUUUCGAGGAGUCGGGUGAUUCCUUUGACUAUUCAAGCUCAGUGAGGGUAACAAGUGUAGCUGGGGAUGAGCGAAAGCCCAAGUCAGACAGAGUAACUACCGCUUACCUCAAUCAGAUCCAAAAGGGCAAGUUUAUCCAGCCAUUUGGCUGUUUGUUAGCCCUUGAUGAGAAAACAUUUAAGGUCAUAGCAUUCAGCGAGAAUGCCCCCGAAAUGCUGACCAUGGUUAGCCAUGCUGUUCCAAGUGUGGGUGAGCUUCCAGCUCUUGGCAUUGGGACUGAUAUCAGAACGAUCUUCACUGGUCCUAGUGCAGCUGCAUUGCAGAAGGCCUUGGGGUUCCGAGAGGUUUCUCUGUUAAAUCCGGUCCUCGUUCACUGCAAAACUUCUGGGAAGCCAUUUUAUGCAAUUGUUCAUAGGGUUACAGGUAGCUUAAUCAUUGAUUUCGAGCCUGUGAAGCCCUAUGAAGUACCCAUGACUGCUGCAGGGGCCCUGCAGUCGUAUAAACUUGCAGCCAAAGCCAUUACUCGCUUGCAGGCCUUGCCCAGCGGCAGUAUGGAAAGACUUUGUGACACUAUGGUUCAGGAGGUUUUCGAACUCACGGGUUAUGACAGGGUGAUGACGUAUAAGUUUCACGAUGAUGAUCAUGGAGAGGUGGUGGCCGAGAUCACGAAGCCUGGCCUCGAUCCUUACCUUGGUUUACACUAUCCUGCUACGGAUAUCCCACAGGCUGCACGCUUUUUGUUCAUGAAGAAUAAGGUCCGAAUGAUUUGUGAUUGCCGAGCGAAACAUGUGAAGGUAGUCCAAGAUGAGAAGCUUCCAUUUGAUUUAACAUUGUGCGGCUCUACCCUUAGGGCUCCUCACUACUGCCAUCUACAGUAUAUGGAGAACAUGAGUUCAAUUGCAUCCCUUGUAAUGGCAGUUGUGGUCAAUGACGGGGACGAAGAGGGAGAAAGCUCUGAUUCGACACAAUCUCAAAAGAGAAAAAGGCUUUGGGGCCUGGUGGUUUGCCACAACACCACCCCAAGGUUUGUUCCCUUCCCUCUGAGGUAUGCAUGUGAAUUUCUUGCACAAGUCUUUGCCAUACACGUCAACAAGGAACUGGAAUUGGAAAGUCAGAUUCUUGAGAAAAAUAUCCUGCGUACUCAGACUCUCUUGUGUGAUAUGCUGAUGCGAGAUGCUCCCUUAGGUAUCGUGUCACAGAGUCCCAAUAUUAUGGAUCUUGUCAAAUGUGAUGCUGCUGCUUUGCUCUAUAAGAAUAAGAUACAUCGACUUGGAAUGACCCCAAGCGACUUUCAGCUGCACGAUAUUGUCUCGUGGCUUUCUGAGUAUCAUACGGAUUCCACAGGUUUGAGUACAGACAGCAUGUAUGAUGCUGGUUUCCCUGGGGCUCUUGCUCUUGGUGAUGCAGUGUGUGGUAUGGCAGCUGUUAGAAUAUCUGAUAAGGACUGGCUGUUCUGGUUUAGGUCACACACUGCUGCUGAAGUUAGAUGGGGUGGAGCAAAGCAUGAACCUGGUGAAAAGGAUGAUGGCAGGAAAAUGCAUCCUAGGUCAUCAUUCAAAGCAUUCCUGGAAGUUGUCAAGACUAGGAGUAUACCAUGGAAGGACUAUGAAAUGGACGCAAUCCAUUCUUUGCAGCUUAUACUAAGAAAUGCAUCCAAGGAUGCUGAUGCCAUGGAUUCAAAUACCAAUACUAUCCACACGAAGCUUAACGAUCUUAAGAUUGAUGGGUUGCAGGAGCUAGAAGCAGUGACUGCUGAAAUGGUCCGCUUGAUUGAAACAGCUUCAGUUCCUAUCUUCGCAGUUGAUGUUGAUGGGCAGCUUAAUGGCUGGAACACAAAAAUUGCUGAAUUAACCGGUCUUCCUGUUGAUGAAGCAAUUGGGAAUCAUUUGCUCACACUCGUGGAGGAUUCCUCAGUUGAUACAGUGAGUAAAAUGUUGGAAUUAGCAUUGCAAGGGAAAGAGGAAAGAAAUGUAGAGUUCGAAAUAAAAACACAUGGGCUGUCAGGAGAUUCUAGUCCAAUCAGCUUAAUUGUGAAUGCAUGUGCAAGCAGGGAUGUUGGAGAUAGUGUUGUGGGUGUAUGUUUUAUUGCUCAGGAUAUAACAGGACAAAAAAAUAUUAUGGACAAAUUCACCCGGAUUGAAGGUGACUAUAGAGCUAUUAUCCAAAAUCCUCACCCAUUGAUCCCACCAAUAUUUGGCACUGAUCAAUUCGGCUGGUGUUCUGAGUGGAACUCGGCAAUGACAAAGUUAACUGGGUGGCGGCGUGAUGAUGUUAUUGAUAAAAUGCUAUUAGGGGAGGUUUUCGGGACACAGGGAGCUUGCUGCCGUUUCAAGAAUCAAGAAGCUUUUGUAAAUUUUGGAGUUGUACUAAACAAUGCUAUGACUGGUCAAGAGUGUGAGAAGAUAUCUUUUGGUUUCUUUGCACGUAAUGGGAAAUACGUAGAGUGCUUACUUUGUGUGAGCAAAAAGUUGGAUAGAGAGGGUGCAGUCACGGGACUGUUUUGUUUCCUGCAGCUUGCAAGCCAUGAGCUGCAGCAAGCUCUUCAUGUUCAACGAUUAUCAGAACAAACUGCAUUGAAGAGGUUGAAAGUAUUAGCUUACAUAAGGAGGCAGAUUAGGAACCCUCUUUCUGGAAUUAUAUUCUCUCGGAAAAUGCUAGAGGGGACUAACUUGGGCGAAGAGCAGAAAAAUAUACUGCGUACUAGUUCCCAGUGUCAGCGUCAGCUCAACAAAAUUCUUGAUGAUACAGAUCUUGAUAGCAUCAUUGAUGGUUAUUUGGAUCUGGAGAUGCUCGAGUUCAAGCUGCACGAAGUAUUGGUAGCAUCUAUUAGUCAAAUCAUGAUGAAGAGCAAUGGAAAGAAUAUAAUGAUUGUGAAUGACAUGGUUGAAGAUCUUCUCAAUGAAACUUUAUACGGAGAUAGUCCGAGGCUUCAACAGGUCUUAGCUAACUUUUUGUUGGUAUCUGUGAAUUCUACACCAAGUGGUGGUCAGCUUAGUAUUUCAGGCAGGUUAACAAAAGAUCGCAUAGGAGAAUCUGUUCAGCUUGCUCUCUUGGAAUUCAGGAUAAGCCACACAGGGGGAGGAGUGCCAGAAGAAUUGCUAAGCCAAAUGUUCGGUACUGAGGCCGAAGCAUCUGAAGAAGGAAUCAGCUUACUCAUCAGCAGAAAGCUGGUCAAGCUGAUGAAUGGGGAAGUUCAGUACCUAAGAGAGGCCGGGCGAUCAACUUUCAUUAUAUCCGUUGAACUUGCAGUGGCUACCAAGUCAAGCUGAUGAUUUCAGGAGUGAACCUUUUUAAGUCAACUUUCAUUGUAUAGUGAAGAAGGAUUUCAAGUUAUCGUGUUUUGAGAUCUUGCUGUCUUGUAAUGUUCCUUCUCUUUGGCACGUUGAUUUCCUCGGCUUCUUUUUAAUAAGUUUCUUGAACAAUUGCAUCUUCAACAUUUUUCAUUAUAAUUAUGUGCAAUUACAGAAAUUUUUAUCAUUUUUAGGAGCGGAA